AUGGGUCACAAGGUGCACAAGCCGGGAGACGAGCACCGUUUCCAUUCGCUGACUCAUCCCCACGUGCACCCACCCGCCGGCAGUCCGCGCCUCCGACGAACUCGCAUUCCGUCACGCGUGCUUGUGCAAACUAAGGCGGUCCUGUCACGGCAGGCGAAGCGCCUUGCACGAAAAGCCGACGAACUAGAACACGUGAUCUCAAAAGUUACAUAUUGUUUAGGCGUCCUUUGCUUCGGCAUCUUCUGUUUUCUCCUCGGAUCCCGACCCUAUGACGUUCCUCGGCUAUACGCCGCCUUUUUCCUCAUGGCCACACCCCUCCGAUGGAUCUACUACCGCAGCAAGAAAUGGCACUAUUUCCUUCUCGACUUUUGCUACUAUGCGAACGCGAUUCUGGUGGCGUUUCUCGUCUUUUUCCCCAUGAGUCAGCACCUCUUCCUCGUCUGCUUCGCUUUCUCUGAGGGUCCCUUGGCCUGGGCGCUCAUCGUGUGGCGCUGCAGCCUGGUGUUCAGCUCAGUGGACAAGAUCGUGAGCGUGCUGAUACACCUGCUACCCGGUACAGUCAUCUUCAUUAUCCGCUGGUGGGACCCAGUGACCUUCCACCACCACUCGGCAGACGACACGGGGCCGUGGCCUGCCUGGCCGCACGUGGCGAGUAUGGGCGAGCUGUGGGUGUGGAUGCUCGUGGUCCCUCUCAUCGCCUACAGCCUGUGGCAGAUCCUCUACUGGUUGGUGGUGGAGGUGCUGAGGAAGCGGCGGCUGGUGAGGGACCCAGAGGUGAUGACGUCAUUCCGAGAACUUUCCAAGAAGGCCUCCCGGGCCAACAACUUCUGGUGGUGGUUGAGUGGCGUGCUGGGGGAUUCGAACCGCUUCUUCAUGUACGCCCUCAUUCAGGGCGUCUUCACGGUGGCCACAGUAGCUCUCACAGUGCCCAUGUUCUGCAGCUACCGCUUCCACGCGCUCUUCCAGAUCUUCAAAAUCGCUGCCUCCAUCUGGAACGGAGGGAACUUCAUAUUUGAUGUGCUGCCGCGGCAAGUGCAUGCCAAGCGAAUGAAGAAAGCAGCCAAGGCAGCAGAAGGGAGAGGGGUUAGUAGCGGCCCAGAGAACGACCCCCUGGUGGAAAGCCCGAGUUGGGACGCACAUUCGGGCAGCAGGGAAGAGCGCCGGGCAGAAAAACGGGUAGCUGCAGCCGAGGCGGCAGAUGCAGCGGCGUCAUUGGAUGGGGCGUUUGUUCCGCCCAUCAGUGGGGAUUUCCUGUUACCGGGUAACAACUCGUGGAGCCAUGUGGGGGUGAAUGGCAGUCUCGCUGCGUACAGGGCGAGUGUGCGGGGGAAGGGGCAUGGAGUGGAGGAGGAGGAGAGUGAUGAUGAGGUACUGUACACGAUGCGUCUGUACGGCAUGCCUGGGGCGCACCAUGCUACUGACGAGGAUGACCUUAGCGAGGACGAAGAAGAUGACCCUGACAGCUCAGCAGAAGCCGGUACCGGCAGCGGUUACUUGGCGCGCACAUCAACAGGUUUAUUCGGCAGUGGAGGCUCAACCGGGGGAGGCUUAUUCGGCGGAAGCUCCUUGGCUGGCGGAGGGGGAAGCGGAGGAAGCAGCGCGGAUGGCGGUGGUAGCGGCGGAGGAGGGGGAAUGGGAGGGGCAGGGGGGGGUAUUCAGAGGAUGGAGUCAAGUCUGUGGGGAGGGUGGUGGUCUGAACUGUGGCAGGAUAGGCAGCCGCAGAAGCUCCACACCCUGGGAACGCCGAGUGCAGAGGACGCUGCUGAGUGGAUCGAUGCUAUCACCAAGGCACUCACUCUGCCGCCCCCGCCUCUGCUCACACCAGCGGCCGACGCCCCAACCCAGCCGUCACAACCGUCACACCCAUUACAACAACCGUCGCACCCAUUACAACCGUUACGAACACCAUCACAUUCCUCAAAACCGCCGAAGUCACCACGGCAAGUUCCGUCCACUCGGACUGGUCAAGAUGAUAGCCCAAUGUCACGGUCCCCACAGGCUAAGUCUACUACGUCUUCCUUCACCCAACCUCUUCGGCUCUUCAGUGUCCCUGCAGGCAAAUUCUGUGUCGUCUUCCUCACCGGACCUCAUUGGCUCUCUAAUUCCAGCCCACGCCCCAUCCCGUACCUCUUCUGCUCUUCCCCCCCGUCUGUGUAUGUGCCGCUGCUUCCCAUAUCCCAGGCUAAGUCUGCGUCGUCUUCCUCACCAGACCUCAUUGGCUCUCGAAUUUCAGCCCACGCCCCAUCCCUUGCCACGCCAGCCGCCGCUGCUCAUUCCCUCUUUGGCGCCCCUCCGUCAUCUGCUGAUGUGACAAAUCUGGCCCUCCCUGCUGUGGCUUCUUUCCACCCAGCUGCUGCUGCUGCUGCCGCUGCUGCUGCCGAACCUGCUGCUGCAGCUGCCGCGGCUGCUGCUGAUCCAGCCGCCACUGCUGCUGCUAUGGGAAAUAUGAUAACGGUUUGUGCGGUGGGUGGGGUUGUGCUGUGCUCCUUUUUUGAGACGUCUCAAAAAUUCACUUUUAUCAUGUUUGUGCUGUGGGUGGCGUUGUGCUGUGCUCCUGUGUUCCUCACCUGCUGCCUGCUGCCGUCGACUCAAGACUCACUACUCUGUGGUGGUGCCUGUGUUCCUUGUAUGUCGCUCGCUCCCUUCCCUCCAGGGCUUCGAUUCUUUGAGGAGGCCAGCAGGACGCCCAUUCUCCACCGCCUAUACAAGUUGCCUGUGAUGAAAGCAGUGGGAGUGGUGAAGGCGGCACCAGACCAGAUAUUCGACCUCGUUAUGAGCUUUGGGGAGGAGCGAGCAGAGUGGGAUGCCAUGUUUGCAGAGGCACGAGUGGUGGAGGCUAUUGAUGGUCACACAGACGUGGUGCACAUGUGCUUAAAACGAACCUCGCUGUGGACAAGAUCGAGAGACCUGUGUCUGCUGCGAUACUGGAAGAGAGAAGAAAAUGGAACUUACCUGGUCUUUUUCAAGUCUGUGAGCCACCCCAAGUGCCAUCGGCCGUGGGGCCGCGUCCGUGCUCUCAUCUACAGCGGCGGCUACAUCAUAUCGCCCCUGCAGCAUAGCGACGGCCCCCUUUCACCCCAGCCUUGCACUUGCGGCCCACCACCCCCCCGCAAGCCUCGCUCGCAGGUGGAGCACGUGUUGGAGAUGGACGUGUCAGGGUGGUCGUCAUGGAUCGGCAUCGGGCUGUCGUCGCAUCCCGCACACCUCCGAGACUCCUUGCUGCUCCGAGUGGCUGGUCUGAGAGAGUACUUCGCCUGCAGGGGAGGAGCCCCUCUAGCCUACUACUCCCUGGGCAUCCAACGCCAUCUCAUCUUCCCCACCACCUCAGCCAUCAGUACGGGACCCACAGGUGGCUUUAUCUUCUCCGGCCUAGCCUCGGGCUCAGCCAUGGGGUCAGGCUCGGGAGCUGGUUCGGGGACGUGGGGCCUGGCGUCCCUGGUUAGCCUCGGAACAGAGGAUGGGAAGAGCCAAGAGGAGACAGGAGGAGGAGGGGGAACAGGGAGAGGAGGAGCAAUAGGGGGAGCAGCAGGAGGGGGGGUGGCUGUGAGUACGGAUAGGGGUUCGGCUGGACUGGGAGGGGCGGUGGCAGCGGCUGUGGUGGCAGCGGCGGCAGCGGCGGUGGCAGCAGGAGGGAAGGGCGAGGUGGGGGGGGAUGGGAGGAGAACCCCCAGGUUGGACCGAGCAUUGUCUAACUUUUUGGACAUGGAGGACCCGGACGAGUUCUAUGAGUGCCGCACCAACGCUCCCUCAGAGACUUCUAGUGAUGUGAGUGCCAAGUAUUGUAGGUUGAGGUGGGCAGGUGAGGAGGUAGGGAGGUGGCGAGGUGGCAAGGGCGUGCUGCAGAGGGACUUGUCAGGAGUCAUGGUGGACGGUGUAGAUGCUUCCAAGCUCCCCGAUGAUUGGUCCUCUGUGCCUCGAGACCUGACCCCAGACUCCCUCUCCCUCCCACUCUUCAUCGACUGGAGCAAGCUGAGCGGGUCCGUGGCCCCCAACCACUCGGGCAAGGGCAAGAACUGCUGGAGCCGGCCGGAUUGCAAUGUGUACAAGCUGAGGAGCAGGAGCUACCUCACUGAUGGCAGCAUGGCGCCAGCUGGCGAGCCGCUCUGCCAGCUGGUGGCGGUGGAUUGGCUGCGGCCAGAGAAGCACCCUGCAGCCCACGUGGCAGCCCACAAGAAGUGCCUCGUGCAGGGCCUGCUAUGGAGACCAGGCACCGUUCUUCAUCCUCAUCAACCUCCAGGUACCGCUCUUCAUCCCCACCCCAUCAACCUACAGUUACCGUUCCCCUGCAUCCUUUCCCGAUAG